CCAACCAUGAUCACGUCUUAUGUGACAAAAUGACAAGUUUGAGUAAAACAAAAUUCAAAAUUCUUGCAAAACUAAUUAAUUAAUUUUCUAGUGUAAUUCUAAGGUUUUAAUAAUCCAAAUCCAUGUCUUUCCAAAGGACGCGUCCAAUUGAUGCCCUACAACGCAUCAUGACUUCUUUCAAACAUUUCGAAAAAAAGUUGGACAAAUUACAAAACGACGUGAAAACUCAUGGUCAGACCUUAUCAGAUCUUCGUAAUAUGGUGACCACACUUUCAGCUGGAACACUUGCAAGUGCUGACGGUAAAACUGAUGACAACUGGCGUCCUGGAAGAAAGACUACAGCAAUUCAACACGAUGAAAAACCGUCAGUGGACACUAUCACGAAGUCAAGGAGGAAGAAUGCGAUUCAGCCCUUACCAAACAAAUUAAAGGCGAAGAACAUGGCUAAUCAAAAGACGAAAACACCUGUGAUAUCUCCGAUUAAAGUCCGCGUUCAUAAUUGUACAGAUGUGAAUACUAAAGAUGUAGGCUGUGUGGGGUCGAAGCAUACAGAAAGACUUAGGAAAGUGGAGGCCCCACGUAAAGCCACCAUAAUAAGGUCCCAAAAAGCAAUAGAAAAUAAACGAAGUAAAAUGGCAAAAUAAACGGGAUUACACUAGAAAAUUAAGGUAUUUCUCGUUUGGUUGUCCUUUUAUUUUGUUGUAAGUAAAUUUUUGUAAA